AUGGCAGUUAGUGAUAAAAAGUUCAAUGAAAUGAUGACCCACAAUAAAAUGCUUGAAAACCAAAUUUCUCAACUUGCUAAUGCUUUGAAAGAUCAUGCAAGCCUUUCUUCUUUACCUUCCCAGGGUCUUGAUCCCAAGAAACACGUGAAUGCUAUUGUGUCAAGGUGUGGUAAGGUUCUUGAGGAGAGAUUGCCUAGGAACGGUGAAGAUAAGGAGAUUCCUAAGGAAGCCUUGGUUGAGAAUGAGGGGGAUAGGGCAUCAUUGGAUGAGGUUGUGGUUGAGACACCUACAGAGGACAUUUUAAGUGGGAAAAGGAAUUGUGAGGUUGUGGAGACUAUCAACUUGACCAAAAAUUGUAGUGCUAUUAUCAUGAACAAAAUGCCACCCAAAUUGAAAGACCCCGGAGACUUCUCCAUUCCUUGUGCCAUUAACAAUAUGCAAAUUGAUAAUGCCUUAUGUGACUUGGAAGCUAGUGUGAGCAUAAUGCCAUAUUCGGAUUAUCAAAGGCUUGAACUAGGGAACUCUUAA